AUGGUUCGAUUGACAGUUGAAUUAAUCAGUGAUUCGCUUCAAUAUCUCAAUACAGUUCGUGAUCGAGAAUUGAGCCUACGUGCUUGUAAGAUCCCAGUUUUGGAAAAUCUAGGAGUUACGAAGGACCAGUUCGAUACAAUCGAUUUGACAGAUAACGAUAUCAGAAAACUUGAAAAUAUUCCUUUGCUAAAGCGCCUUAGCACUCUACUCAUGCACAAUAAUCGCGUACAGCAGAUAAUGCCAAAUAUUGGUGAGGUACUGCCAUCGCUUAGAACUCUAGCACUGACGAACAACAACUUGUGCGAGUUAGGAGACAUCGAUCCUCUUUCAACUUGCAAAAAAUUAGAGUAUUUAACGCUUAUUGGAAAUCCUUUAACUCAUAAGCCACAAUACCGAUCCUAUGUUAUAUAUAAAGUACCUUCUGUGCGUGUACUUGAUUUCAAACGUAUCCGUCUCGCUGAAAGACAACAAGCUAAUCGCUUGUUCAAAGGUGAAAAAGGCAAAAAAUUAAGGGACGAAGUAGUGAAGAAGUCAAAAAAUAUACUUGAUGACGAGGAAGAAAGACACCUUGAAAAUCUGCUUGAAGAGGAUGCUAAGAAAAUUGAGGGAGCUAUUUCGUCGGCCUCCACUCUUGCUGAUGUGGAACGACUACAAGCAAUUUUACAAAGUGGGCAGAUACCGAAUCAUGAUUGGAAUCGUGGUGUUAUUGGCAAUGUAGUUGCUAAUGAAAGUAAUGAGAACUUCGAAAAUAAGUAA